CCAAACUUUAGCAGUUAAGUUUAGCUUCCGCAAACCGAAGGGGCCGAUCGGACUACCAUCAUGGCCAACACCACCGUCAAGGGUGCAAUCGCAAUCCAUGGCCAGAACCCCCAGUUUCUCGUCGAGACCGUUAUCCGCAAUCGAAUAUGGGAAUCGAAUUAUUGGAAGGAGCAUUGCUUUGCCUUGACUGCGGAGUCGCUUAUCGACCAAGCCAUUGCGCUUAGGUGUAUCGGCGGUGUCUAUGGCAAUCAGCGCCCUACGGAGUUCCUAUGCUUGCUGCUGAAGUUGCUUCAGCUUCAACCGGAAAAGGAGAUAUUAAUAGAAUAUCUACAAGCAGACGAGUUCAAAUAUAUGAGGGCAUUAGCUGCCAUGUACAUACGAAUGACUUUCAGUGCUGUGGAAGUGUACGAGCUUCUUGAACCAUUAAUGAAAGACUUCAGAAAGCUUCGAUACCGUGACAUGGCGGGUUAUUCACUGACCCAUUUUGAUGAAUUCAUCCAUUCGCUCCUCACUGAGGAACGAGUCUGUGACAUCAUCCUUCCUCGCAAAGCCAAGCGCUCGAUACUUGAAGAAAACGGCGAGAUUGGCCCUCGGAAGAGUCGCUUGCUUGAUGCUAUGGAAGGCAAGAGUAACGACAGAAGUCGUAGCUCCAGUCGAAGUCGAAGUCGAAGUAGGAGCCCCAGUAAGAGUCCAUAUAGGUCACGCAGCCCCAGUACUAGUCGGAGCAGAAGUCGAACUCCAUCAGAGAACGGUCGAUAUGUAUCGCGGAGUCCCUCUCGCUCUCUAUCUCGUUCGCCCGACCGUUCUCGCACUGGAAGUAUGUCUCCAGAGAGGAUGGACAUUGAUCCCACGAAUGUAUAA